AUGGGUGAUCGAGAAGCUGAUGUCCCAGCCCCAAUUACUCGAGCGGAUUUGGACGCUCAAAACCAACGGAUCGACAACCUAACCACACAAUUUGGGGAGAUGCGAGAAUUGUUGUUGCGAGCUAUUGGUGGCAACAAUGGAAGGGGUGGCAGAGAUGAUAAUCGAAGAGAAGGUAGAGAUGGUGAGAGAAGAGAUAAUAGGAGGCAACUUAUUCCGGAUAGUGAGUCAGAGUUAGAAGAAGAACUUGAGGAACCACCACCACCACCACCGGCUAAUAAUCAUCGUAAUCGUAAUUACGAAAAUUUUGGCGAUUAUCGGAUUAAAGCCGAAAUCCCUAACUUUUGGGGAAAUCUGAAGAUUGAAGACUUCUUGGAUUGGCUUGUAGAAGUAGAGAGGUUUUUCGAUAUUAUGGAGGUUCCUGAGCAUAAAAUGGUGAAGAUGGUAGCUUUCCGUCUAAAAGCUACAUCGGCUGUAUGGUGGGAUCAAUUGCAAAAUCUACGGCAGAGGCAAGGAAAGCAGCUGGUUCGUACAUGGCGGAAGAUGAAGCCGCUUAUGAUGGAACGAUUCUUGCCCACGGAUUAUGAGCAGAUUCUAUAUCGUAUGUAUCUGGGUUGUGCACAAGGCAAUCGUUCGGUUUCUGAAUAUACCGACGAAUUUAUGCGUUUGGCAGAGCGAAACCAUUUGACCGAGACUGACAAUCAAAAGGUCGAGAGGUAUAACAAUGGGCUGAAGAUUUCCAUCCAAGAAAAAAUUGGUAUGCAGAAUAUAUGGACUUUGCAGGAGGCGAUUAACAUGACGUUGAAAGCUGAACUGUUGGAGAAGGAGAAGCGCCAAACCAACUUCCGCAAGAACACGACAGAAGCCUCUGAAUAUGCUGCUGGUGCUUCUAGUGGCUCAGGAGAUAAGGGAAAAGUGCAGCAGCAGAAUCCUGGAGGAUCGCCAAAACCAACAACAGUUGGCCAAAACAAAAACUUCAACGAAGGCAGCAGCCGAACUUUCAACAGAGGGCAGUCCCGACAUCAGUCCCAGAAUCCGUAUGCUAAGCCUAUGACGGACAUAUGUUACCGUUGCCAAAAACCAGGGCAUCGUUCCAAUGUUUGUCCAGAGCGGAAGCAGGCUAACGUUAUCGAAGAAGUCGAUGAUGAUGAGGAAAGAGAUGUAGUCGGGGAAGAUGAUUAUGCAGGGGCUGAAUUUGCAAUUGAGGAAGGAAUGGAGAGGAUUACCUUGGUUUUGCAGAGAGUUCUUUUGGCACCAAAGGAGGAAGGGCAGCGUCAUAGUAUUUUUCGUUCCCUCUGCUCAAUCAAAAACAAGGUAUGUGAUGUGAUCGUCGACAAUGGAAGUUGCGAGAAUUUAGUGUCAAAGAAAUUGGUGGAGCAUUUGCAGCUAUCAACGGAGCCACAUGUCAGCCCUUACUCACUAGGUUGGGUUACGAAAGGCCCUUCGGUUCGUGUUGCUGAGACUUGCCGUGUGCCGCUGUCAAUUGGUAAGCAUUACAGAGAUGAUGUAUUUUGUGAUGUUAUUGACAUGGAUGCAUGCCAUAUUUUAUUAGGGUGA